GAACCACAAUACGGCCAGGCUCGAGACGGAGCAACGGAGAGAGAAAGGUCAAGAAUGCAUUUAUUGAAUGAUGCUUUCGAUCAGCUGAGAAAAGUCGUGCCAAAAUCGAAUUUAAGUGAACAUCAAAAACUAUCUAAAAUUGCAACACUUCGCUUAGCGAUCCACUACAUCUCAGCUUUA